AGCAUCAGUUCGGUUCCAACUCUCAAGAAAAAUGAGAGCCACAACCUUCGUGAUCUUGUGCUGUGCUCUGCAGUAUGUCGCUGCAGAUAUCCUCGAGACAGGUAUUCUCGGCGGUAAUGCCCGGGAAUUAAGCGAAAGCACGACAGACGAUUUCAGAACUGAUGUAAAUGGAAAUGUAACCGAAGUAAAAACAACGCACAAAGAAUUCGAAAGGCAAGGGCAAGUGCCAAAUAACAUAUCAGGCGAAGACAAGCUCGUGAGAACUUUCGUUAUCGAAACUGAUGCGUCAGGCCACGAAGUCAUAUAUGAAGAAGAUGUAGUUAUCCACAAAGUGCCAGGAUCAACUGCUACAACAACAACAACCACAGCGAGAAGACAGCUUGGUGGACUUCCCGGAUUGGCGGCUCCAGCAUCAUCCUCGACAGGAACAUCUGCAUCAUCAUCAAACGCACCAAGCGUAGUUGUAGUUGAGCAAGGUGGUUCAUCUUCAACAGCUGCAUCGUCAGGCUCAGCCUCAUCAGGAGCUGGUGGAUACGGAUUGAACGGACUUCGUGGUUCUGGAUCUACGGCUGCAUCAGCCGCAAGCUCUGCCAAUAACGCACCAGUCGUCAUAGUGGAACAAAGAGGAACAUCAUCAGCGGCUUCCGCUUCCGGCUCAUCAGGAGCAGGAGGUAACGGACCACUGGGACCAUACGGACCAAACGGCGCAUCAGCAUCUGGCUCAUCUUCAGCUGGAGCUGGUGGAAACGGACUAAAUGGACUUUACGGAUCUAAUGGAGCCGCAGCUGGAGCAUCUAGCGCCUCUGGAGCCGGCCUCGGAGUGAACGGACUUGGCGGAUCAAGUUCUGGAUCUGCUGCAUCAGCCGCAAGCUCUUCCGGAAACGCGCCUGUCGUCAUUGUUGAACAAGGCGGAUCAUCCUCAGCAGCUGCAGCAUCUGGCUCAGCCUCAGCUGGCGCUGAAGGAAACGGACUUAAUGGACUUUACGGACAAAACGGAUCUAAUGCCGGAGCAGCUAGCGCCUCUGGAGCCGGCCUCGGAGUGAACGGACUUGGCGGAUCUACUUCUGGAUCUGCUGCAUCAGCCGCAAGCUCUUCAGGAAACGCGCCUGUCGUCAUUGUUGAACAAGGCGGAUCAUCCUCAGCAGCUGCAGCAUCUGGCUCAGCCUCAUCUGGAGCAGGAGGCUACGGUUAUGGACCAAACGGUGUUUGGGGACCACUUUCAUCUGCAUCUGGCUCAGCCUCAGCUGGCGCUGGAGGAAACGGACUUAAUGGACUUUACGGACCAAACGGAUCUGCUGCCGGAGCAGCUAGCGCCUCAGGAGCCGGCCUCGGAGUGAACGGACUUGGCGGAUCUAGUUCUGGAUCUGCUGCAUCAGCCGCAAGCUCUUCCGGAAACGCGCCUGUCGUCAUUGUUGAACAAGGCGGAUCAUCCUCAGCAGCUGCAGCAUCUGGCUCAGCCUCAUCUGGAGCAGGAGGCUACGGUUAUGGACCAAACGGUGUUUGGGGACCACUUUCAUCUGCAUCUGGCUCAGCCUCAGCUGGCGCUGGAGGAAACGGACUUAAUGGACUUUACGGACCAAACGGAUCUGCUGCCGGAGCAGCUAGCGCCUCAGGAGCCGGCCUCGGAGUAAACGGACUUGGCGGAUCUAGUUCUGGAUCUGCUGCAUCAGCCGCAAGCUCUUCCGGAAACGCGCCUGUCGUCAUUGUUGAACAAGGCGGAUCAUCCUCAGCAGCUGCAGCAUCUGGCUCAGCCUCAUCUGGAGCAGGAGGCUACGGUUAUGGACCAAACGGUGUUUGGGGACCACUUUCAUCUGCAUCUGGCUCAGCCUCAGCUGGCGCUGGAGGAAAUGGACUUAAUGGACUUUACGGACCAAACGGAUCUGCUGCCGGAGCAGCUAGCGCCUCAGGAGCCGGCCUCGGAGUGAACGGACUUGGCGGAUCUGGUUCUGGAUCUGCUGCAUCAGCCGCAAGCUCUGGCGGAAGCUCACCAGUUAUCGUUAUCGAAGAGGGUGGUUCAUCAUCCGCGGCCGCAUCAUCCAGCUCAGCAUCUGGAGCAGGUAGAAACGCAGUAUUGGGACCAUACGGACCAAACAGCUCCACAUCUUCUUCAGCAGCUGCAAGCUCAAGUGAUAGUUCUCCAGUCGUCAUCAUUGAACAAGGCGGAUCAUCCUCAGCAGCUGCAGCAUCUGGCUCAGCCUCAUCUGGAGCAGGAGGCUACGGUUAUGGACCAAACGGUGUUUGGGGACCACUUUCAUCUGCAUCUGGCUCAGCCUCAGCUGGCGCUGGAGGAAACGGACUUAAUGGACUUUACGGACCAAACGGAUCUGCUGCCGGAGCAGCUAGCGCCUCAGGAGCCGGCCUCGGAGUGAACGGACUUGGCGGAUCUAGUUCUGGAUCUGCUGCAUCAGCCGCAAGCUCUUCCGGAAACGCGCCUGUCGUCAUUGUUGAACAAGGCGGAUCAUCCUCAGCAGCUGCAGCAUCUGGCUCAGCCUCAUCUGGAUCAGGAGGCUACGGUUAUGGACCAAACGGUGUUUGGGGACCACUUUCAUCUGCAUCUGGCUCAGCCUCAGCUGGCGCUGGAGGAAACGGACUUAAUGGACUUUACGGACCAAACGGAUCUGCUGCCGGAGCAGCUAGCGCCUCAGGAGCCGGCCUCGGAGUGAACGGACUUGGCGGAUCUAGUUCUGGAUCUGCUGCAUCAGCCGCAAGCUCUUCCGGAAACGCGCCUGUCGUCAUUGUUGAACAAGGCGGAUCAUCCUCAGCAGCUGCAGCAUCUGGCUCAGCCUCAUCUGGAGCAGGAGGCUACGGUUAUGGACCUGGACUUUACGGACCAAACGGAUCUGCUGCCGGAGCAGCUAGCGCCUCAGGAGCCGGCCUCGGAGUGAACGGACUUGGCGGAUCUGGUUCUGGAUCUGCUGCAUCAGCCGCAAGCUCUGGCGGAAGCUCACCAGUUAUCGUUAUCGAAGAGGGUGGUUCAUCAUCCGCGGCCGCAUCAUCCAGCUCAGCAUCUGGAGCAGGUAGAAACGCAGUAUUGGGACCAUACGGACCAAACAGCUCCUCAUCUUCUUCAGCAGCUGCAAGCUCAAGUGACAGUUCUCCAGUCGUCAUCAUUGAACAAGGCGGAUCAUCCUCAGCAGCUGCAGCAUCUGGCUCAGCCUCAUCUGGAGCAGGAGGCUACGGUUAUGGACCAAACGGUGUUUGGGGACCACUUUCAUCUGCAUCUGGCUCAGCUUCAGCCGGCGCUGGAGGAAACGGACUUAAUGGACUUUACGGACCAAACGGAUCUGCUGCCGGAGCAGCUAGCGCCUCAGGAGCCGGCCUCGGAGUGAACGGACUUGGCGGAUCUAGUUCUGGAUCUGCUGCAUCAGCCGCAAGCUCUUCCGGAAACGCGCCUGUCGUCAUUGUUGAACAAGGCGGAUCAUCCUCAGCAGCUGCAGCAUCUGGCUCAGCCUCAUCUGGAGCAGGAGGCUACGGUUAUGGACCAAACGGUGUUUGGGGAUCACUUUCAUCUGCAUCUGGCUCAGCUUCAGCCGGCGCUGGAGGAAACGGACUUAAUGGACUUGGCGGAUCUGGUUCUGGAUCUGCUGCAUCAGCCGCAAGCUCUGGCGGAAGCUCACCAGUUAUCGUUAUCGAAGAGGGUGGUUCAUCAUCCGCGGCGGCAUCAUCCAGCUCAGCAUCUGGAGCAGGUAGAAACGCAGUAUUGGGACCAUACGGACCAAACAGCUCCUCAUCUUCUUCAGCAGCUGCAAGCUCAAGUGACAGUUCUCCAGUCGUCAUCAUUGAACAAGGCGGAUCAUCCUCAGCAGCUGCAGCAUCUGGCUCAGCCUCAUCUGGAGCAGGAGGCUACGGUUAUGGACCAAACGGUGUUUGGGGACCACUUUCAUCUGCAUCUGGCACAGCCUCAGCUGGCGCUGGAGGAAACGGACUUAAUGGACUUUACGGACCAAACGGAUCUGCUGCCGGAGCAGCUAGCGCCUCAGGAGCCGGCCUCGGAGUGAACGGACUUGGCGGAUCUGGUUCUGGAUCUGCUGCAUCAGCCGCAAGCUCUGGCGGAAGCUCACCAGUUAUCGUUAUCGAAGAGGGCGGUUCAUCAUCCGCGGCCGCAUCAUCCAGCUCAGCAUCUGGAGCAGGUAGAAACGCAGUAUUGGGACCAUACGGACCAAACAGCUCCUCAUCUUCUUCAGCAGCUGCAAGCUCAAGUGACAGUUCUCCAGUCGUCAUCAUUGAACAAGGCGGAUCAUCCUCAGCAGCUGCAGCAUCUGGCGCAUCUGGAGCAGGAGGCUACGGUUAUGGACCAAACGGGGUUUGGGGACCACUUUCAUCUGCAUCUGGCUCAGCUUCAGCCGGCGCUGGAGGAAACGGACUUAAUGGACUUUACGGACCAAACGGAUCUGCUGCCGGAGCAGCUAGCGCCUCAGGAGCCGGCCUCGGAGUGAACGGACUUGGCGGAUCUAGUUCUGGAUCUGCUGCAUCAGCCGCAAGCUCUUCCGGAAACGCGCCUGUCGUCAUUGUUGAACAAGGCGGAUCAUCCUCAGCAGCUGCAGCAUCUGGCUCAGCCUCAUCUGGAGCAGGAGGCUACGGUUAUGGACCAAACGGUGUUUGGGGAGCACUUUCAUCUGCAUCUGGCUCAGCCUCAGCUGGCGCUGGAGGAAAUGGACUUAAUGGACUUUACGGACCAAACGGAUCUGCUGCCGGAGCAGCUAGCGCCUCAGGAGCCGGCCUCGGAGUGAACGGACUUGGCGGAUCUAGUUCUGGAUCUGCUGCAUCAGCCGCAAGCUCUGGCGGAAGCUCACCAGUUAUCGUUAUCGAAGAGGGUGGUUCAUCAUCCGCGGCGGCAUCAUCCAGCUCAGCAUCUGGAGCAGGUAGAAACGCAGUAUUGGGACCAUACGGACCAAACAGCUCCUCAUCUUCUUCAGCAGCUGCAAGCUCAAGUGACAGUUCUCCAGUCGUCAUCAUUGAACAAGGCGGAUCAUCCUCAGCAGCUGCAGCAUCUGGCUCAGCCUCAUCUGGAGCAGGAGGCUACGGUUAUGGACCAAACGGUGUUUGGGGACCACUUUCAUCUGCAUCUGGCUCAGCUUCAGCCGGCGCUGGAGGAAACGGACUUAAUGGACUUUACGGACCAAACGGAUCUGCUGCCGGAGCAGCUAGCGCCUCAGGAGCCGGCCUCGGAGUGAACGGACUUGGCGGAUCUAGUUCUGGAUCUGCUGCAUCAGCCGCAAGCUCUUCCGGAAACGCGCCUGUCGUCAUUGUUGAACAAGGCGGAUCAUCCUCAGCAGCUGCAGCAUCUGGCUCAGCCUCAUCUGGAGCAGGAGGCUACGGUUAUGGACCAAACGGUGUUUGGGGACCACUUUCAUCUGCAUCUGGCACAGCCUCAGCUGGCGCUGGAGGAAACGGACUUAAUGGACUUUACGGACCAAACGGAUCUGCUGCCGGAGCAGCUAGCGCCUCAGGAGCCGGCCUCGGAGUGAACGGACUUGGCGGAUCUGGUUCUGGAUCUGCUGCAUCAGCCGCAAGUUCUGGCGGAAGCUCACCAGUUAUCGUUAUCGAAGAGGGCGGUUCAUCAUCCGCGGCCGCAUCAUCCAGCUCAGCAUCUGGAGCAGGUAGAAACGCAGUAUUGGGACCAUACGGACCAAACAGCUCCUCAUCUUCUUCAGCAGCUGCAAGCUCAAGUGACAGUUCUCCAGUCGUCAUCAUUGAACAAGGCGGAUCAUCCUCAGCAGCUGCAGCAUCUGGCGCAUCCGGAGCAGGAGGCUACGGUUAUGGACCAAACGGGGUUUGGGGACCACUUUCAUCUGCAUCUGGCUCAGCUUCAGCCGGCGCUGGAGGAAACGGACUUAAUGGACUUUACGGACCAAACGGAUCUGCUGCCGGAGCAGCUAGCGCCUCAGGAGCCGGCCUCGGAGUGAACGGACUUGGCGGAUCUGGUUCUGGAUCUGCUGCAUCAGCCGCAAGCUCUUCCGGAAACGCGCCUGUCGUCAUUGUUGAACAAGGCGGAUCAUCCUCAGCAGCUGCAGCAUCUGGCUCAGCCUCAUCUGGAGCAGGAGGCUACGGUUAUGGACCAAACGGUGUUUGGGGACCACUUUCAUCUGCAUCUGGCUCAGCCUCAGCUGGCGCUGGAGGAAACGGACUUAAUGGACUUUACGGACCAAACGGAUCUGCUGCCGGAGCAGCUAGCGCCUCAGGAGCCGGCCUCGGAGUGAACGGACUUGGCGGAUCUAGUUCUGGAUCUGCUGCAUCAGCCGCAAGCUCUUCCGGAAACGCGCCUGUCGUCAUUGUUGAACAAGGCGGAUCAUCCUCAGCAGCUGCAGCAUCUGGCUCAGCCUCAUCUGGAGCAGGAGGCUACGGUUAUGGACCAAACGGUGUUUGGGGACCACUUUCAUCUGCAUCUGGCUCAGCUUCAGCCGGCGCUGGAGGAAACGGACUUAAUGGACUUUACGGACCAAACGGAUCUGCUGCCGGAGCAGCUAGCGCCUCAGGAGCUGGCCUCGGAGUGAACGGACUUGGCGGAUCUAGUUCUGGAUCUGCUGCAUCAGCCGCAAGCUCUUCCGGAAACGCGCCUGUCGUCAUUGUUGAACAAGGCGGAUCAUCCUCAGCAGCUGCAGCAUCUGGCUCAGCCUCAUCUGGAGCAGGAGGCUACGGUUAUGGACCAAACGGUGUUUGGGGACCACUUUCAUCUGCAUCCGGCUCAGCCUCAGCUGGCGCUGGAGGAAACCGACUUAAUGGACUUUACGGACCAAACGGAUCUGCUGCCGGAACAGCUAGCGCCUCAGGAGCCGGCCUCGGAGUGAACGGACUUGGCGGAUCUGGUUCUGGAUCUGCUGCAUCAGCCGCAAGCUCUGGCGGAAGCUCACCAGUUAUCGUUAUCGAAGAUGGCGGUUCAUCAUCCGCGGCCGCAUCAUCCAGCUCAGCAUCCGGAGCAGGUAGAAACGCAGUAUUGGGACCAUACGGACCAAACAGCUCCUCAUCUUCUUCAGCAGCUGCAAGCUCAAGUGACAGUUCUCCAGUCGUCAUCAUUGAACAAGGCGGAUCAUCCUCAGCAGCUGCAGCAUCUGGCGCAUCCGGAGCAGGAGGCUACGGUUAUGGACCAAACGGUGUUUGGGGACCACUUUCAUCUGCAUCGGGCUCAGCUUCAGCCGGCGCUGAAGGAAACGGACUUAAUGGACUUUACGGACCAAACGGAUCUGCUGCCGGAGCAGCUAGCGCCUCAGGAGCCGGCCUCGGAGUGAACGGACUUGGCGGAUCUAGUUCUGGAUCUGCUGCAUCAGCCGCAAGCUCUUCCGGAAACGCGCCUGUCGUCAUUGUUGAACAAGGCGGAUCAUCCUCAGCAGCUGCAGCAUCUGGCUCAGCCUCAUCUGGAGCAGGAGGCUACGGUUAUGGACAAAACGGUGUUUGGGGACCACUUUCAUCUGCAUCUGGCUCAGCCUCAGCUGGCGCUGGAGGAAACGGACUUAAUGGACUUUACGGACCAAACGGAUCUGCUGCCGGAGCAGCUAGCACCUCAGGAGCCGGCCUCGGAGUGAACGGACUUGGCGGAUCUAGUUCUGGAUCUGCUGCAUCAGCCGCAAGCUCUUCCGGAAACGCGCCUGUCGUCAUUGUUGAACAAGGCGGAUCAUCCUCAGCAGCUGCAGCAUCUGGCUCAGCCUCAUCUGGAGCAGGAGGCUACGGUUAUGGACCAAACGGUGUUUGGGGACCACUUUCAUCUGCAUCUGGCUCAGCCUCAGCUGGCGCUGGAGGAAGCGGACUUAAUGGACUUUACGGACCAAACGGAUCUGCUGCCGGAGCAGCUAGCGCCUCAGGAGCCGGCCUCGGAGUGAACGGACUUGGCGGAUCUGGUUCUGGAUCUGCUGCAUCAGCCGCAAGCUCUGGCGGACGCUCACCAGUUAUCGUUAUCGAAGAGGGCGGUUCAUCAUCCGCGGCCGCAUCAUCCAGCUCAGCAUCCGGAGCAGGUAGAAACGCAGUAUUGGGACCAUACGGACCAAACAGCUCCUCAUCUUCUUCAGCAGCUGCAAGCUCAAGUGACAGUUCUCCAGUCGUCAUCAUUGAACAAGGCGGAUCAUCCUCGGCAGCUGCAGCAUCUGGCGCAUCUGGAGCAGGAGGCUACGGUUAUGGACCAAACGGUGUUUGGGGACCACUUUCAUCUGCAUCUGGCUCAGCUUCAGCCGGCGCUGGAGGAAACGGACUUAAUGGACUUUACGGACCAAACGGAUCUGCUGCCGGAGCAGCUAGCGCCUCAGGAGCUGGCCUCGGAGUGAACGGACUUGGCGGAUCUAGUUCUGGAUCUGCUGCAUCAGCCGCAAGCUCUUCCGGAAACGCGCCUGUCGUCAUUGUUGAACAAGGCGGAUCAUCCUCAGCAGCUGCAGCAUCUGGCUCAGCCUCAUCUGGAGCAGGAGGCUACGGUUAUGGACCAAACGGUGUUUGGGGACCACUUUCAUCUGCAUCUGGCUCAGCCUCAGCUGGCGCUGGAGGAAACGGACUUAAUGGACUUUACGGACCAAACGGAUCUGCUGCCGGAGCAGCUAGCGCCUCAGGAGCCGGCCUCGGAGUGAACGGACUUGGCGGAUCUAGUUCUGGAUCUGCUGCAUCAGCCGCAAGCUCUUCCGGAAACGCGCCUGUCGUCAUUGUUGAACAAGGCGGAUCAUCCUCAGCAGCUGCAGCAUCUGGCUCAGCCUCAUCUGGAGCAGGAGGCUACGGUUAUGGACCAAACGGUGUUUGGGGACCACUUUCAUCUGCAUCUGGCUCAGCCUCAGCUGGCGCUGGAGGAAGCGGACUUAAUGGACUUUACGGACCAAACGGAUCUGCUGCCGGAGCAGCUAGCGCCUCAGGAGCCGGCCUCGGAGUGAACGGACUUGGCGGAUCUGGUUCUGGAUCUGCUGCAUCAGCCGCAAGCUCUGGCGGACGCUCACCAGUUAUCGUUAUCGAAGAGGGCGGUUCAUCAUCCGCGGCCGCAUCAUCCAGCUCAGCAUCCGGAGCAGGUAGAAACGCAGUAUUGGGACCAUACGGACCAAACAGCUCCUCAUCUUCUUCAGCAGCUGCAAGCUCAAGUGACAGUUCUCCAGUCGUCAUCAUUGAACAAGGCGGAUCAUCCUCGGCAGCUGCAGCAUCUGGCGCAUCUGGAGCAGGAGGCUACGGUUAUGGACCAAACGGUGUUUGGGGACCACUUUCAUCUGCAUCUGGCUCAGCUUCAGCCGGCGCUGGAGGAAACGGACUUAAUGGACUUUACGGACCAAACGGAUCUGCUGCCGGAGCAGCUAGCGCCUCAGGAGCUGGCCUCGGAGUGAACGGACUUGGCGGAUCUAGUUCUGGAUCUGCUGCAUCAGCCGCAAGCUCUUCCGGAAACGCGCCUGUCGUCAUUGUUGAACAAGGCGGAUCAUCCUCAGCAGCUGCAGCAUCUGGCUCAGCCUCAUCUGGAGCAGGAGGCUACGGUUAUGGACCAAACGGUGUUUGGGGACCACUGUCAUCUGCAUCUGGCUCAGCCUCAGCUGGCGCUGGAGGAAACCGACUUAAUGGACUUUACGGACCAAACGGAUCUGCUGCCGGAGCAGCUAGCGCCUCAGGAGCCGGCCUCGGAGUGAACGGACUUGGCGGAUCUGGUUCUGGAUCUGCUGCAUCAGCCGCAAGCUCUGGCGGAAGCUCACCAGUUAUCGUUAUCGAAGAGGGCGGUUCAUCAUCCGCGGCCGCAUCAUCCAGCUCAGCAUCCGGAGCAGGUAGAAACGCAGUAUUGGGACCAUACGGACCAAACAGCUCCUCAUCUUCUUCAGCAGCUGCAAGCUCAAGUGACAGUUCUCCAGUCGUCAUCAUUGAACAAGGCGGAUCAUCCUCAGCAGCUGCAGCAUCUGGCGCAUCCGGAGCAGGAGGCUACGGUUAUGGACCAAACGGUGUUUGGGGACCACUUUCAUCUGCAUCGGGCUCAGCUUCAGCCGGCGCUGGAGGAAACGGACUUAAUGGACUUUACGGACCAAACGGAUCUGCUGCCGGAGCAGCUAGCGCCUCAGGAGCCGGCCUCGGAGUGAACGGACUUGGCGGAUCUAGUUCUGGAUCUGCUGCAUCAGCCGCAAGCUCUUCCGGAAACGCGCCUGUCGUCAUUGUUGAACAAGGCGGAUCAUCCUCAGCAGCUGCAGCAUCUGGCUCAGCCUCAUCUGGAGCAGGAGGCUAUGGUUAUGGACCAAACGGUGUUUGGGGACCACUUUCAUCUGCAUCUGGCUCAGCCUCAGCUGGCGCUGGAGGAAACGGACUUAAUGGACUUUACGGACCAAACGGAUCUGCUGCCGGAGCAGCUAGCGCCUCAGGAGCCGGCCUCGGAGUGAACGGACUUGGCGGAUCUAGUUCUGGAUCAGCUGCAUCAGCCGCAAGCUCUUCCGGAAACGCGCCUAUCGUCAUUGUUGAACAAGGCGGAUCAUCCUCAGCAGCUGCAGCAUCUGGCUCAGCCUCAUCUGGAGCAGGAGGCUACGGUUAUGGACCAAACGGUGUUUGGGGACCACUUUCAUCUGCAUCUGGCUCAGCCUCAGCUGGCGCUGGAGGAAACGGACUUAAUGGACUUUACGGACCAAACGGAUCUGCUGCCGGAGCAGCUAGCGCCUCAGGAGCCGGCCUCGGAGUGAACGGACUUGGCGGAUCUGGUUCUGGAUCUGCUGCAUCAGCCGCAAGCUCUGGUGGACGCUCACCAGUUAUCGUUAUCGAAGAGGGCGGUUCAUCAUCCGCGGCCGCAUCAUCCAGCUCAGCAUCCGGAGCAGGUAGAAACGCAGUAUUGGGACCAUACGGACCAAACAGCUCCUCAUCUUCUUCAGCAGCUGCAAGCUCAAGUGACAGUUCUCCAGUCGUCAUCAUUGAACAAGGCGGAUCAUCUUCAGCAGCUGCAGCAUCUGGCGCAUCUGGAGCAGGAGGCUACGGUUAUGGACCAAACGGUGUUUGGGGACCACUUUCAUCUGCAUCUGGCUCAGCUUCAGCUGGCGCUGGAGGAAACGGACUUAAUGGACUUUACGGACCAAACGGAUCUGCUGCCGGAGCAGCUAGCGCCUCAGGAGCCGGCCUCGGAGUGAACGGACUUGGCGGAUCUAGUUCUGGAUCAGCUGCAUCAGCCGCAAGCUCUUCCGGAAACGCGCCUGUCGUCAUUGUUGAACAAGGCGGAUCAUCCUCAGCAGCUGCAGCAUCUGGCUCAGCCUCAUCUGGAGCAGGAGGCUACGGUUAUGGACCUGGACUUUACGGACCAAACGGAUCUGCUGCCGGAGCAGCUAGCGCCUCAGGAGCCGGCCUCGGAGUGAACGGACUUGGCGGAUCUGGUUCUGGAUCUGCUGCAUCAGCCGCAAGCUCUGGCGGAAGCUCACCAGUUAUCGUUAUCGAAGAGGGCGGUUCAUCAUCCGCGGCCGCAUCAUCCAGCUCAGCAUCUGGAGCAGGUAGAAACGCAGUAUUGGGACCAUACGGACCAAACAGCUCCUCAUCUUCUUCAGCAGCUGCAAGCUCAAGUGACAGUUCUCCAGUCGUCAUCAUUGAACAAGGCGGAUCAUCCUCAGCAGCUGCAGCAUCUGGCGCAUCCGGAGCAGGAGGCUACGGUUAUGGACCAAACGGUGUUUGGGGACCACUUUCAUCUGCAUCGGGCUCAGCUUCAGCCGGCGCUGGAGGAAACGGACUUAAUGGACUUUACGGACCAAACGGAUCUGCUGCCGGAGCAGCUAGCGCCUCAGGAGCCGGCCUCGGAGUGAACGGACUUGGCGGAUCUAGUUCUGGAUCUGCUGCAUCAGCCGCAAGCUCUUCCGGAAACGCGCCUGUCGUCAUUGUUGAACAAGGCGGAUCAUCUUCAGCAGCUACAGCAUCUGGCUCAGCCUCAUCUGGAGCAGGAGGCUACGGUUAUGGACCAAACGGUGUUUGGGGACCACUUUCAUCUGCAUCUGGCUCAGCCUCAGCUGGCGCUGGAGGAAACGGACUUAAUGGACUUUACGGACCAAACGGAUCUGCUGCCGGAGCAGCUAGCGCCUCAGGAGCCGGCCUCGGAGUGAACGGACUUGGCGCAUCUGGUUCUGGAUCUGCUGCAUCAGCCGCAAGCUCUGGCGGAAGCUCACCAGUUAUCGUUAUCGAAGAGGGCGGUUCAUCAUCCGCGGCCGCAUCAUCCAGCUCAGCAUCUGGAGCAGGUAGAAACGCAGUAUUGGGACCAUACGGACCAAACAGCUCCUCAUCUUCUUCAGCUAGCUCCGGCUCUGGCGGAAGCUCACCAGUUAUCGUUAUCGAAGAGGGCGGUUCAUCUUCAGCCGCUGCAUCUUCUAGGUCUGCUUCUUCAGCUCCAGCAGGAUAUACUUACGGCCCAAGCUCUAGCAGUUCAUCAUCUGGGGCAUCAAGCAGCUCAUCAGGCCCAGGACCCGUAGUUAUCAUAGAAAAUCAAGGAUCUUCUUCGAUUGCAUCUAGUUCUUCUAGCUCUGCGCCAUAUGGUCGUCCGGGAGUAAGAGUUCCAUGUCGUCUUACCCGCAGACAAUUUGUUGUCAAGAUUGGAUCAAGACGCCAGCCAUGUCUUACUUGCUAAGUCAUUAUUUUUUUAUAAUUAUUUCUUUUCUCUGGAUACAUCUUUUUUAUUACGUUAAUAAAAUCUGGCAUUAUA